UAAUUGCGGAAGACUUUUGUUGUUCCUGUCUAGACAGACGCAUGUUUUUUUUUCUUCUGUUUGCUGGACAACCUCCUGAUGCUGGAGACCUUUCUCCUGUUCCCACGCUGCAGGUUGUCUCUGUGUUUACGAGUUGUGAACAAUGAAAACCGGCAGCACAUCAACUCUCAUACUGCUGGAGAUGAUCUACGUCACAUUACUCCCAGCUCUGAAGGCACAAACAAUCAGCGUCCAACCCGAGGUGACUGGACAUCUCGGGCAGGAUGUCACCCUGCCAUGCCACUUCAUCAAAGCAUCAGCAAAUGACACUGUUAUUCAGGUUCAGUGGGAUCUGCUGGAACCAGAGAGAUAUACAAUCAUUGUUUCUUAUUCCCAGUUUGGGGUGAAAAUCUUUGAUAGUCCUCUGAAAGAGAAGGUGGACCUCACAGAACAGUCGUUGAUAAUUAAAGAUGUUGAACUGAAGAAUGCAGGGUUGUACAUGUGCACCCUUACAACCUUCCCCAGUGGUUCAUUUGAGGGAACGACCAAACUCAUUGUUCUAGAACAGAUGCCGUUAUCAUCAGUUGUUGUGUCUGCUAUAGUGAUUGCUGUCAUACUGCUGGUGGGGAUCAUGGCAGCCAUAACGUACUUCACCUUCAUCAGAAGCUAUGGUUGA